GUUUGGUGCAGAAUCAAAACAGUUACAGUCUGACAGCAGCGGCUCAGACCAACAGAAAGCUGAUAAAAUGCCAUGGAAAAUGUUACUGCCGCUGUCAGAAAUGACCCGCGCUGUUUAGAGCACUUCUUUAAAAAGCGGAGCCGCGUUUUACUGGACUGUCGAGGAAUGGUAGCGGGAGGAAAAGGCUCUUUCGGCUAGUUUGUCCGGUAGCCGCUGCAGCUGCUCCUCGGCUAGCGGCUGGUUAGCUCCCCGGCUCCGUGGAUGGAUCUAUGGGCCGAACAUUACCAUAUAUAGACCGGCCACGGAGCGCAUUCACCGCGGAAAUGUAAACGGUGACUCGCUCAGGAGGCUGACAAAGGGCAAACAUAAACAAAACUCAGCCUGGAGUAUAAAAACACCGCUGGCCUCACCAUGGCAUCUGACCAGAUUAUUGCCAUCGUCGUGGAGGACAAGACCUACGAGGUGAACAAGAAGAAGCUGAUCGAGAAGAGCGACUACUUCCGCGCCCUGUACAGCUCCGGGAUGAGGGAGUCCACGGAGGACUCUGUGCAGCUGCAAGGGCUCAGCGUCCCCGGCCUGGAGCUGGUCCUGGAGUUCAUCAACACCUCCAAGGUCCAGGUGGUCAACGAGACCCUGGAGGACCUGAUCGAGACCGCCUCCUUCCUGCAGGUCACCUCCAUCCUCAAGCUGCUCACCUCGGAGAUCCGGCUGGACAACUGCGUGGAGCUGUACAGUCUCUCCGAGGUGUACGGGACCCACGACCUGCGGAACGCCUGCCUCAAGUACAUGAGCUGCUACUUCCACCCCAUGCUGAGGCGGCCCGAGUUCAGCAGCCUGCCCUCCGCCGUCAGGGACCAGGUGAGGGAGAUGAGGAUGAAGGGCACCGCGACCCUGGUGGCCAUCGGAGACUUCACCUGCCUGUCCCUGGACGUCCCCGACCAGGACGAGCCCUGGUCCAUGCUGAGGUACGGGGAGGUGGAGCAGCGCUGGAAGCCGCUGGCCAACAACCUGCCUCCGGACAUGAUCAACGUGAGAGGGUACGGGUCGGCCGUGCUCGAUAACUACCUGUUCAUAGUGGGCGGCUACCGGAUGACGAGCCAGGAGAUCUCCGCCGUGCACUGCUACAACCCCUGCAGGAACGAGUGGAACCAGGUGGCCCCGCUCAACCAGAAGAGGUCCAACUUCAAGCUGCUGGCGGUCCAGGGGAAGCUGUACGCUGUGGGAGGCCAGUGUCUGGGGACGGUGGAGUGCUACAGCCCCGAGCAGGACUGGUGGACCUGCGUGUCCUCCAUGCCCGACCCGCUGGCCGAGUUCUCGGCCUGCGAGUGUCAGGGGAUGAUCUACGUCAUGGGUGGAUACACGGCCAGAGACAGGAACACCAGCGUCCUCUGCUACUGCCCCACCUCUGACACCUGGACGGUCUUCCGGUCCUGCUCGGCCCACAUCCGCAAGCAGCAGAUGCUGUCGGUGGAGGACACCAUCUACCUGGUGGGCGGCUACACCCACGAGCUGGAGAUGGGCCGGCGGCAGCGGCGUCCCAGCCAGACGGAGGACGUCCUGACGGUGCAGUCCUACAACGUCACCACGGGGGAGUGGAUCCAGCUGAAGGAGAACACGUCCAAGUCGGGCCUGAACCUGACGUGCACGCUGCACAACGACGGCAUCUACAUCAUGAGCCGGGACGUCAGCCUGCCCACCAGCCUGGAGCACCGCGUCUUCCUCAAGUACAACAUCUUCUCGGACGCGUGGGAGGCGUUCAGGCGCUUCCCAGCCCUGGGGCAGAACAUGCUGCUGUGUUCGCUGUACCUCCCCAACGUGCUCUGAUGGACAGGAUGGGACAGGAUGGGACAGGACGAUGGACAGGAUGAUGGACAGGACGAUGGGACAGGACGAUGGACAGGACGAUGGACAGGACGAUGGACAGGAUGGGACAGGAUGGGACAGGAUGGGACAGGACGAUGGACAGGACGAUGGACAGGAUGAUGGACAGGACGAUGGACAGGACGGGAAGGAGGGACCUGAGCGGCUUCAACAGGCCAGCGAUUGGUGGUUUAUUGUUGCAUUGUUGUGGCAUUAACGGGAACAGCGUGUGGUGGUUGCCAGGUCGAUCGCCUCGUGACCUCUGUGCCUCAAAACAAACGCACUACAUUGUACAUACUGCUGUGGAUGCAAACACAAAAAGCUCAGAUGAUGAGAAUGAAAGCGAUGCAGCACCGCGGGUCGUAGGUUCCCCAUCUCAUUUUGGUCAUUCUGUGUCUCAAUUUUGUCGUUUCGUGCCUCACUUUUGUCAUUUUUUUUUCUCGGUUUUGUCAUUUUGUGUCUCGCUUUUGUCAUUUUUUGUCUCACUUUUGUCAUUUUGUGUCUUGUUUUUGUCAUUUUUGUUAUUUUGUGCCACAUUUUUGUCAUUUUGUCUCUUGUUUUUGUCAUUUUCUGUCUCGUUUGUCAUUUCGUGUCUCAGUUUUGUCAUUUUGUGUCUUGUCAUUUUGUAUCUCGGUUUUGUCGUUUCCUGUCUUCUUUUUUGUCAUUUUGUAUCUCGGUUUUGUCGUUUUAUGUCUCAGUUUUGUCGUUUUGUGUCUUUUGUCAUUUUGUGUCUCGUUUUUGUAGUUUUGUCUCUCGUUUUUGUCAUUUUGUCUCUCGUUUUUGUCAUUUUGUCUCUCGGUGUUGUCAUUUUGCGUCUCGGUGUUGUCAUUUUGUGUCUCAGUCUUGUUGUUUCCUUCCCAUUUCUCUAAAAGAUCCCCUGAAACUAUACACUGGAUCUUUAAAGUAGUCUCGUACAGUUCGCUGGUGUUCUACUUUCAGAGCAGCUGUGGAUGUUUUUCAGGACUUUCUGGAUAAAGAGGAACAUGAGAGGCACUAACGAGGGCGACAUAACGGCAUGCUUUCCAAUCUAUGGGCCACAAUAUUCCUGAAGUUUACACUCCAAAUAUGGCAUCGGCGUACAUGUUUAUCCAUAAUUCACUACUAACCUUAAAAUAUCUCAGACACUAAACACAUUUGCUGUCUUUCUGUACUGUACAUAGCAGAUAAUCAUAAAAAUGGCUUUGGUUUUACACUGCCAGGUUUAUGGGGACUGAAGCGGCUCAGAGGGCGCUUCAUGUGUCGUACGUACACUCGCACACUUGUCUUAUUUCAUCGGAGAAACACUAAGCAAAGCUUAAAGCGCAAUUCCAUGAACUGAACGAUGCACAUGUGCCUUCUGCAACCUCAGAUAAUAGGAGAAAAAAAGCACAAAAUGCAAGACUUUGUUACUUUGCCAGCAACUGACCAAAACUGCUGUGUUUGAUUUUAUUGUUUUUCUUUCUGCUAAAGCAGAGUUUGUUUUGAUGAAGGUACUUUUGGGUUCCUUGAGAAAUGAGCCGAUGAUGAUAAAAUUAAUUCCUUGAA